AUGGAGACAUUAUUUAAGACACUCACAGUUACUGCUCUUAUUAUAGUAUGUGGAAAAUGUGUACUAGCCUCCCCUAGAGCAGUAGACCCCCUGGCAGCGUGCUCUACCAAACCCCUCCUCUGCCUGAUGAUGUACCCUGGUCAGUUCACUGACCAGUGCCAGACUGACGCGAACUGUGCCGUGGGGUCAAGGUGCUGCUACAACAGCUGUGUACGGAGCUGUGUCACUAUUGACCCUUGCGAGAAAGUGUUGUGUAAGGCCGGAUAUUCCUGCCAAUCUAGAGACACACCCUGUGCCAGCCCACCGUGUCAGAAGGAGGCUGUUUGUAUACCAGAAUCCCGGGUCUUGUGCCCCACCCUAGCAUGCCCCACCCAGUACUGUCCAGCAGGGUAUGAACGGGUCAUCGACACCUCCGGUUGUGAGACUUGCCAGUGUAAACCCAAGAAAGUCUGCAGCUCUACCUGCUUCACGCUCUGCUCCUACGGCUUCCAGCUGGGAGCUGAUGGCUGCCCGACUUGUAAGUGUAAUCCGGCUCCAGUGAACCCAUGCACCAAUAUGACGUGUUCCAAAAGUCAGGAGUGUCGUCUGAUCAACGUGGCGUGCACCAAAGCCCCCUGCAUGCCUGUAGCCACAUGCGUUCGCAAACUAGCCUCCCUCUAUGACAACAGCUGCAGCCUAAAGGACGCCACAACAACGGGACUUCCUGUCCUGCUCUCAGACAAGAAGACCGAGUUGAACUGUUUCCAACAGUCGUGCCCCGAUGGCGCCGUCUGCGUUUCCAUGGGAACUAACAUCAACCGUUGCUGUUGGCAACAGACACAGGAGAAGGUUCUGGACGGGCCCAGGGUCGGGGAGUGCCCCGAGGAGUACAUGGUCGACCCCGCCGCCCCGGCCCCCAGGUGCGAGAUUGACGCGGAGUGCCCCACCGACCAGAAAUGCUGCUACAUCAACAAGUCCCCCGGUAAAACCCGAUUCUACGGCGUCUGUCUGACGACCAUCCACAAGGUACUGGAGAACGCCCCGGAGUUUUGCAGCAGGAACGUCGUUUUAUGGUCCAUUCUCAGCAUGUUUGGUUUCUGUUAAGCGAAGAAAAAAAAUUUGCAAACGUUAUCAACAUCAAAACGUUUGAGUCAAAUACGACAAAUUAUGUUGAUUUAAAUAUUGUCGGGAUUACAAAAAACUCAUCCCCCUCAACUCCUUAAAUUAAUUUAAAAAUGUGAUAAAAAGUGUACAUUUUAAACCACUGUAAUAUGAAUUAAAUUAUUGCUACAAUGA